CUGCGCUCCACAGAUUUUUGUCCUCAAUCUGUCGCCGUAUAGUACUCGCCUCUGAUUGGUCAGUUCCCGGUCCAUGCCAAAUACAAUCGUUUGAAGAACGUCUAUCAGAUCACAGUCAAGAUGAGUCUCAGAAAGCAGACCCCGAGCGACUUCCUGAAGCAGAUAAUUGGGAGACCUGUGGUGGUCAAACUGAACUCUGGUGUCGAUUAUAGAGGUGUCCUGGCCUGCCUGGAUGGUUACAUGAACAUUGCCAUAGAGCAGACUGAGGAGUAUGUCAACGGACAGCUCAAGAACAAGUAUGGAGAUGCUUUUCUAAGAGGAAACAAUGUCCUUUACAUCAGCACUCAGAAGAGGAAAGUGUAGUGAAGACCAUACUUCUUUUUUUUUUAUUCUUACAUUUUAAUUUUCCAGUGUUUCAUGUGUCAGUGGACAGCAGUCCUGUGUUUUUGGUUCUGUAAAGCCUAACGUCCUGAGGAAUGUUUGUUUUUGUAAAAGUGGAAUAACUUAAUAAAUCCUGAGUUUUGAUUUAUGUCUGAUUUGGUGAAUAUUUUUACAUAUUUUGAUGUUAACAGUACAAGGAAACAAUACUUUUUUCCCCUGAUCUCAAUUGUUCUUUGUUUAAAGAAAGUAUGGUUUAAAAAUAACAGUAUCAUUUCAACAGGCCUCAUUUUGAAAAAAAAAAAGGUUGUCAUUCCUGUG